CGAUAGCUGGGAUCGAUAUCAUCAGUGAAGGAAUCCAUUGUUCAGUUUUAAUUUGAUUCAAAGUAUAUCGGAACAUUAUGGGAGGGGAGGAUUCAAAAAAUUAUUCCAGUUUUACUCAAGGAUUGAGGAAUCGGCUGGCUGUAGCCGUCGGGAGUUUUAUGACUGCGAUUCUUGCCACCGGUAUCAGAGGUGACUGGUUGCUUUUUUACAUUCAGAUUCAGAAGUUGUGGUAUGGGGAAUCCCUUAUCCCAGGGGCGACUUUACCGGGUCUCGACCGGGGAAGAGAGAAUGGAAGCACCGUAGAGACCGAGAAUCUUCUGGAGCGAUAUCAUAUGCAGGGUGUUGGAUUCUACAUCCUCCAGUCUCUGCUUGGAGGGUUUGUGAUUCUCUAUGGUGUCGGAGGGUGGCUCAAGUGGUAUUUCUACAUCCAACGCAGAGACCGGGCAGCCGAGUGGAAGUGCCAACCGGACCGCUUUCUGACGCCGGAAGACGACCGACUCGAGUUCAGACUUGGAUCGAUGAACAUGGCUAUAGGAUCGGUGCUUUCUGGCAUCCUCGUAACGUACAUUAACAACGGAGGGGAAACCAAACUAUACUACAACAUAUCGGACUAUGGCUGGAUGUACUUCCUCCUCUCAAUACCAGUGAAUUACGUUUACAACGAAGCCGCCGCCUAUUACUCCCACAAGGCUAUGCACUAUCCCCCGUGGUAUAAGCGGUACCAUAAACUCCACCACCGGUUCAAGUGCCCCACCCCUUUUGGGGCGGUGGCCAUGCACCCCUACGAGUUCCUAACGCUCCAGUUUCUCAUCGAGCUCCCGCUCUUCUUUGUACCAAUGCAUGCAGGUGUUUUUAUAUUUUGGUUGAUCUACGGCUACUACUACAGUAUCUUAGACCACUCAGGAAUUCAUUUAGAUCCACUCUGGCCUUGGCAACCUGCCGUUAUCUUCCAUGAUAACCAUCAUAAGUUUUUCCAUUGCAACUUCGGAUUCAACACCGAGUUAUUCGACAAACUUCAUGGCACUCUGAUGAGAAACGACCGACACUACUCAGAAACUAUCUUCGGUGGACAGGGAGCUCCUAAAACAUCGACGCCCUCAAAUAAAAAGGGCAAAUGAAGAACAGAUACGAACGUAGAUGUAAUUAACCCAGAAGACUGGCCCAAUUUGCCAACGACUGACAUUGCCACAGACCAUUUAAAGUGUGACGUCAUGUAUUCAAACUAAAAGAAAAAAAAUAUAUAAAUAUGGAAAAUGAUUCAGUUCGCGCCUUUCUCGGGGUGGCGUUUAAAGAUCGAUCUCAGACGUAAAUAAUCUUAAUUUGAUUGAUGACAAUCUGGGAAUAAUCACUCACAGGCAUCGUUUCGACUGACAGUGCAUGGCCCAAAUUUAUUGGAAUUCCAAGUCCUAAUCAUUCAAAAGGAGAGAUGGUAGUCUUGGAAGUAACAAAAAAAUGAGUCAUUGAGCCAUAUAGGAAAUAAUUUUCCAAAAUAUCAACAAUAUUUUAUAAGUUGUAAUAAAAUAUAUUUGUUUGAAUUGUGUUAUAUUCCUAUGGAAUAUUAUUUUAAUGCAAGAUACAUCAUAUCGGUCGUUGAUAGAUUCUAACAUUUAGUGUGUAAGAAUCUGAUUUUUUUUGUUGUAAAUUUCUAAGUGAUGCACUUAAUGAUGUAUAUUGUGUAUGUAUACAUGUACAUAUACGAUCUGCUCAUAUUGAAAUAUAUGCCACGGAUCGAACGUCAUUUAUACUAAAUUAUUGUUUAUCCAGUGCACGGCACUAGCGAAUUAUGGUGUGUGUGUGUGUGUGUGUACGUAUUGUUUGUAUUUUUAA